AAAAAGAUGUUUCAUUCCUGUUCUAUUUUUUCCCUGUUUUGGGGGUGGGGCGGUUUUUAGCAUCACACCUCUACUUCCGAGUAUACUUCAGCAGCCAGCGAGGACUCUCACCUACUGUAGCUUGCGGAAUGGAAAAAGGAAAACCGUGAAAGCCGUCGUCGAUAGGUUUCUCCGGCUGCACAAUGGUCUGUGGGUUAGGAGAAAGGCUGGUUAUAAGAAGAAACUGUGGAAGAAGUCAGCUGCCCAGAAGAAGCGUUUGAGAGAGCUGGUGUUGUGCACUAGAACGCAAUGUAAACUCCUAGAUAAAAUGACCACUUCUUUCUGGAAAAGAAGAAAUUGGUACGUCGAUGAUCCCUACCAGAAGUAUCACGAUCGCACGAAUCUUCGUGUGUAG